CGCGACCGCGACCGUGAACGCGACCGUGGCGAUAGGGACCGCAGGGACAGAGACCGCGAAUAUGAACGCUAUGAGAGAGAUCGCAGAGAACACGACCGUGGUCGUGAUGGUCGCUCAGGACGAGAUGAGCGGCACCGCGAUAGCAGGUACGGCCGUAGAUCGAGCAGAAGCAGGAGCCCGGCUCGCGAAAUGUCGCCUAUGCUGGACGAGCACAACAUCCUCCCCAUUAACAAGAGAAUGCGCAAGCUAAAGAAUUGGGACGUGCCACCACCAGGAUACGAGGAUAAGACUGUUCAGGAAGUCAAGGCAUUAGGUAUUUUCCCACCCCCCGGACAGCCUGCAGUGCUGAGGUCAGAAAUCCUUCAAGGAAUGGAUCCGGAGCGUGCAGCACAAUUGGUGCACGAGCUGCCGCCUCGCCCACUUCGAAUGAACUAUCCACCUAUGGGAGCGCCUGGCGGAAUGGGCGGACCAUACGGCAACAUGGGCUUUGGAUUCCGCAAUAAUAACGGACCAGGAGGCGCAAAUGGAGUCGAUCAUACUCUCGCUAGACAGCAGCGAAGACUGUACUGCGGCAACCUCCCAAUGGGAAUUAACGAGGACUCGUUGGCCAACUUUUUCAACCAGACGAUGAUGAGCAUGAACCUUACAACGGGAGCUGGAGCGCCUGUUGUAUCCGUUCAUAUCAAUUACGAGAAAAACUAUGCAUUUGUCGAGUUCCGAACACCCGAGGAGGCGACGGCUGCUAUGGCAUUUGAUGGAAUUGUAUUCCAGGGCCAGACACUCAAGAUUCGCCGCCCUAAGGAUUACCAGCCACCAGAGGGAGCAAAUCAUGAGGUCCCUCAGAUUCACGUCCCAGGAGUUAUCUCAACAAACGUACCUGACAGCGAGAACAAGAUCUUUAUUGGAGGUCUUCCACUGUAUUUGAACGAUGAACAGGUUAUCGAACUGCUGACUGCAUUUGGCGAGCUGAAGGCAUUCAACCUGGUUAAGGAGAAUAAUGUUGGCGCAUCCAAGGGAUUCGCAUUUUGCGAGUACCUUGACCCCAAUCUUACGGACAUUGCAUGCCAAGGACUUAAUAACAUGAUGCUUGGCGAGAAGAAGCUGGUUGUACAGCGCGCUAGUGUCGGAUCAUCCAGGAACCAGAACCCUGCUGGAGGCGCCAACGCGAUCGCAUUACAUCCUAACCUGAUGCUCCCAGGCACUGGGGCGACAGAAGUUCUGCCGACCACCGUCCUGCAGCUGCUCAACAUGGUGACGGCUGAAGAACUUGAGGAUGACCAGGAAUACGAAGAUAUUUUGGAUGAUAUCCGCGAGGAAUGUGGAAAGUUUGGUCAGGUUUUGGAGGUCAAGAUCCCUCGACCUGUCGCUGGUCAGGCUGCAACGGGAGUCGGCAAGAUCUUUGUCAAAUACAGCAAUGUGGAUGAGGCCACGGCGGCUCUUCGGGCUCUGUCGGGACGCAAAUUCGCGGACCGUACAGUACUGACUUCAUUUUACGACGUCGACAAGUUUGCAGCAAAUGAGUACUAAUAAAUAAAACCAAGGAUCGUUACCGCCACUGUUCUGAGGAGUAUAUUAUCAAG